AUGGAUGCAAAUAUUAUUAGUAUCUACGAUUUACCUAGACCUUUAAGUAACAUAAUAACCAAACAUGUUGGAAUAAAUCAAGAUUGGAUGGUGGUUAAGAUAAUUCCAUUUAAAAUUCACGUGUUCUGUAAAGAAACUCUUAAAGAAAUUUGGAAAUUUCCUUUUGAUCCAAUUGAUAUAUGUCAAGACUUUUUGUAUGAUCCGACGAAUUCAUCAACAUCGGAAAAAUCAAAUGCUAACAUGUCCUUUUUAGUCUUGACAAAGGAUGGAUCUAUAUGGAAGAUUCAAUCUAAUGUUCAAAGAAAUAAAAGAAAUUUCGAUUCUCAUCAAAGCAAUGAAAAAACAUCGCCAAUGCAAUCAAGGCAAAUCAAGAAAAACAACGAAUUUGACAGUAAUUAUUCACAGAAAAUAUCCCGGUCACCAAAUAAUGGUUAUUAUAACGUGUUUAUCCCUCCUCCUAUAUUUACUGUUGGAAAUGAAUGUUUAAUCUUUUCAAAGGAAGGACUUUGUUCGCUAUUCCCCUGUAAUUUGUUCAAUGAUAAUGGAAUUUUACUUGGAAAAAAGGAUGGAGAAAUCGGAUUUUUAUCAUUAAAAGAUAGAAUAGUUUCUGAAUAUAAUUUAUUCGUACCAUUUGAUAAUAAUGAGGAAGAAUAUAAAAAAAAUGCUACAUUUGUCACGAGUUCACCGAAUAUUACAUUGAUUUCUAAAGAAUUAGCCGAAGCCGCUAUUGGACCUAUAUAUUAUGAUACGGAUCUUUUGAUAACCGGUUAUUCAAGUGGUAUACUGUCGUUUCAUUAUUUUUGUAAAGAGAAUGUUGAAUCUGAUAUAUUCACUUCGUUGAAUGAAUCUAUCCAAGCCAUUUAUACGCUACAUUUAAAACAAGGUGAAGAAACUGAAUUAGGAUCUAGUUUACUUCGACCUAAACCUAAAUUGUCCACCGUUCACAAUACAUUGCUCAUAGUUGGCGUAAAAGGAACAAUAUCGUUAUUAUCUACUGUAAUUGCUGAAAAUUCUUCUUUAACUUUGGCUUAUAAAGAGUAUUAUGUCCCUAAUCCAGUUCAUUCCUCUUUUGUUUAUAAGAAUCGGUUGGUUGUAACAGCUGGAGAAGGUCGCAUAAUUGUUAUAAAUUUCGAUAGAAACAUGUUUUCGGAAGGCAAAUUCGUUCCUUUGCACACAAUUCCUGUAAUUUUUCCAAAGGGAACCAUUAGAUUGUGUCAUUUUAUUGCUUCUGGAGAGAAUUCAUUUGAUGGAAUAUUUUAUGCUUUAACAGUUGAUGGAAGAUUAAUUCGAUCUCAAUUUUCAGUCACAAGCGACCAAACUCCAAAACAAAUGAUGAGCGUUGAACAAUUGAAAGAAGAAAUUCACAAGCAAACGAUUAUUAUCAAAGAAUUAACAUCCAAGCAAGUGGUGCUGGACAAGCUUAAUGCGGAAUUAAAUCCUGCAAUAAUUGCUCGUAAUGAAGUUAUUCAUGAAUUGCAUCGUGUACAUCAAAAACGUGAAACUGAACAACAGCUGGAUGAAGAUAAUUCCCCAUUAGUUGUGGAAUGCUUUCCGAUAAUUAUGCCACAUUCUAUGAAUGGGAGUGUUACUCAACGAAUAUUUUUAAGAAUUCGUUUAACGAGCAGAAUUGGAAUUCAAUGGUCAAAAUGGUGGUCAUUAAUCGUUACUAUGACACAUCAUAGUAGAAGUAUUGGUACUUCGAAUCAUGAAAAGGCUAAACAUGAGAGUUUAUGUUAUUCAGUAUCAUUGUUGGAUAUGACGGUCGCAUGGGAACGAGAUAUUGAAAUAAAUUUACGAUUUUUACAAUUUCCCAUCAUGAUUAAACUUGCAUUAUGCUUUACACCUCCAACACCAAUAGAUCAUACGAAUGACGUUCAAUAUCAACCGCAAGCAACUUAUUUUCCUUUGGUGAAUAUACAGUUCGAUAUAUUGGAUUUUAUAAAUCCAUGUCCUCAACAUAUUUUGUUAAGAUUACAACAGGAACGUCAUUUUACAAUAUAUCCUUCUUUACCUGAUUUCAUCACACCAUUUGAUGGCAAUUUUUUUGCUACAAAGGGCGAUUUAAGAAAAUUUAUUGAAAAACUUAUGAACAAACCAAACGAGGAACUUAGACCCUAUUCAGAUUUUAUAUCAUCAUUAAAUAUUAACUCGACAUUUAUAAAAUUUUUCUUGAGAUCAGGUGAUGUUUCAGAAGUAAUUGAUUUAGAAGAAGGUAAUAAUGGUUAUGACGGAGCUUGGAAACGAUGUCUAUCAGUGUUGCUAGGAGAAAACGUUGAAACAGAAAAGUUACGAGAAAUUAUUAAAUCCGUCGAUUAUGCAGUAUUUACAACUUCAAUGAGUCUUGAGCCCGUUAUUUUGAAUCUCAAAAAACUGGAUCCGAUAGAAUGCUCGAAUGGAGUUCCAUUCAAUUCAACACCUGUCGAAAUAAGGAUUGCAUGUCGUACACCUGAAGUUUUAUUACUCGUUGAAGCGGCGUUAUUAUCAAGGCUACAAGAUUUUUGUUUAGAUAAUCCUCUGACAAGAUCUGAAUCUCCCAAGUCAUCUUCAAUGAAAUCAAACGUUACAAUCAAUAAUAACAAUUCUGUACGACAAAUAACGUCUGUUGAUCUAACGAGCCAAUUAAAUCUUAUCAAGGAAGAUUAUGAAAAUUUGAUUAACAUGCUUGAAGAUCAACCAAACGAGAAUUCCACAGUUAAUCAAAAGGAAGAAACUAUUGAAGAAAACCUUGGUGAUUGGAAUCAAUUAGAAAUGGUGGCCAAAAGAUUAGAAAAUAGAGUUGUUGACAUAUUUAAAAUUAUUAGAAAAGAAUUGGAAAAGCAUUGGAUAAGUGGAGUUGUUGAAAUAUAA